GAGAGAGGCAGGGGAGGAGGGGGAGAGAGAAGGGAGAGUGCCGUGCGAUAGAGCAAACAGCACACACAUGCGCUUGCUUACUGAGAGACAUAGCCAGUGUGCAGAGACAUAGCCAGCGCGAGGCUGUGUAUAGACAUCGUUACAGACACAGCGAGACCGAGCGAGAGAGAGAGAGAGGGGUCAGCAUUAUGGGAUGUGUUUUAGGGAGAGAUUAUGCAUCAGGCAUUGUGAAUUAGAGACAGGGGAAAGGAGAGAGCAGCAUUGUGCAGGAGAGAGAGACAACGGGGAGAGAUUGCACAGGGAGAGAUUAGUGGGGAGAGUGAUUGUACUGAAGGCUUAGAGAGAGACUUAGGUAAGGGAGAGUGGGAUUGUGCAUGAGCGGGACGAACAGAGGGGAUGGAGGUGGUAUAAUAGUGUCCGUGCAACAAGGACGGAUAGGAUCGUGCAGGAGAGAGAGAGGUGCAAGGGAGGAAGGGGUAAGGGAGAGAGAAAGGGAGAGCGUGCAAGAGAGUGUGAGACGCAGAGAUUGUGUAGGAGUGUCCUGAAUGUCAAGUAUCGAAUCAUCCACCGCUGGCUGUGCUUCGAGUGGGAGAGACAAAGAAGGACUUGCGAGGGAGACCUCCGAUCAGAGUUUCUGUGUUCGUAGGUCCUGCCUCUCUCACGGCCCCUGAAAUUCCCUGUGCAGUGAAGGCCCAACUAUAAGACUGCAAGGGCUCACUCCUCAGGGAUCCACUCCAGGCUUCAAUUGCUUCAAGGCCCAAUUCUUCAACAACUCAAGGUAUUAAGUCUUCAAGCCUUCAAGACCCUGUUAAGUUCGACAAAAUCUGAAGUGCUCACUCUUCAAGACCUAAAGAUCCAAUUAGGGGUUCAAGGUCCCACUCCUUAAGGUGUGAAGGAUAAACACUCCACAAGAACCCCUCAUCCCUCGGACCCAGGAGUCCCACAGACGACGCCUCAGUCAGUGGUCGAUGACCGGCUUGGCCACUGUGGGGAGAAAAUGGACGCAGCCCCAGGUACAAGGUCAAGCUGAAGGCCACACAUGACGAAUUGACGGUCAGUGUUAUUUGGCAGUAUUAGUAAUGAUUUAGUUUAUUACAGUGUUAUUGGGAGUAAGGAGUUUCUAUACUCUUUUGUGUACGUGUUAAUUAUUUAUAUUGUGAAUGAGACUUUGCACACUUAAUUUUUUUUACGAUUUAAAAUUAUUGGUACUGAUUUAAAAUAUUUAGUGCAGACGAUUAGUAGGUCAAAAUCCGAAUCUGAAUCCGGUUUGGGAAGAAAACCCUGAACUGGUCCUUGAACUGUGUUGCCAACCGGAUCCGGAUCUAAUCAUUUAGAUUUAGACUGAAUUAUCUCCAGUUUCAGAUUGAGACCUAAAUCAAUGCCAUUAGAUUUUCCAAAUCAGCGGAAGCGAUGAGCACCAGGAAGAACACUCCCAAACUAUGAACGUGCGCUCGCAAACACGAGGCAUUCCAACAAUUCCAGGUGGAUCGAGCGAGCCAAUGGCUGCAACGAAGACGAUGACAACGCCACUUGGGUGGACAAGGAGGUGGUGCAGGAGGAGGAAGAGGGCGUCGACGGAGACGCGAGCGAUGCCGACGAUUGGACAGAAUCUCCUUCUGACACUCGCGCUGUCCUGCUUCCUCAUUUUCUCUGGAACAACGGCAUCCGAAACGGGAAACGUGACCGGAUUGGACGCUGGCCCCACAAAAAUAGAAUCGUGGGCCGGACUCGGCGGGAUCGGAGCUGGAGCCGAGGACAUUGAGCAGAUCCUGAAGACACUCGCCAUCGCCGCUGCCCGAGCCGGAACUGGUUUCGGAGCCGGAACCGGAACUGGAUGGGGCGGCGCUGGCUGGAGAGGUGGGCGGGGCGCCGGCGGCUGGGGUGACCCCGACGAGAGCGAGGGGGCCCUCGGGGGCGGCUGGGGAUCAAGCACUCUGACCCUGACCGUAUGGGAGAACGAGCCAGCUGGGACCCUCAUCGGCGAUGUGAGCGCCGCCUUCGGGGCUCAAGCAGCAGGCGCCGCCACCAGCGGCGAUGGCGGGAAAUCCUCGUCUCCAUUUUCCCCUGAUGGUGUCCAUGCCCCAUCAUCAUCGUCUUCAUCGUCAUCAUCGUCAUCAGAUCCCGGCAAAGUCCCGCUCGACCCGUUGGCACAUGCGGAUGGCACCGUGCGCUUCCUGGUGGUGCCGGCGGAUGGUGGGGACGGUGGCGACGAUGGUGGAGGAGACAUCACGGUGGAUGUAUUCACGGGGGAGCUGCGCACGGCGCGCGUGCUCGACCGCGAGACGCGUGACCGGUACCACUUCGUCGUUCUGCCUAUCGCACCGCUCCUCUUCACCGCCUCGUCAUUGCCACUCGACUCCCCCGUCCGCGUCACCGUGCGAGUCCUCGACGUCAACGAUAACGAGCCGAGGUUUGGAUCGCGGCAUGGGGCACGCGGGGAUGCCCGCCACGAUCUCUACGAUGUUGGUGACCCUGGAGGUGAUGAUGGCACCAAGGAGGACGAGGAGGUUCGUCUGGAGAUCUCCGAGGGGGUCCCGGUUGGGGCGCGUUUCUCCCUUCCGCCGGCAUGGGACCCCGACGAGGGGACACAUGGUGUGCAGGGGUACACCCUCUCCGAUGACGACGACAAUGACGGCAGCGAGACCGACAGCAAACCCACGGAUGCCGGCUCUGUCCCGACCCAAGAUGACCGACCCCCGGGCCAGCAGCGGCGCCGCCUGCCAUUCUUGCUUGAGUGGGACGUCUCGGCCGAGCGGCUGGAGCUGGUGGUGGUGUCACCGCUGGACCGCGAAGCCCGCCCUGGCGGGUAUCGGUUGCGGGCGCGGGCCCACGACGGCGGGGCGCCGGCACGCGUGUCGCGGCCCGGCCUCACUGUGCGUGUUGCCCUGGGGGACGAGAACGACCAGGCGCCGGCAUUCUCACGGCGCCGCUACGGCGCCAGCGUGAGUGAGGACGCGGCGCUUGGCACGAGCGUUGCGCGCGUGCGGGCAAGCGACGGAGACCAGGGCGUGAAUGCACGGGUUCGCUAUGAGCUGGACCGUCGUCUCGGUGACCCUGGCGGCUUUUUCUCGGUUGACCCGCGCUCCGGCGUCGUCCGCCUGCGCCGCCGCCUCGACUUCGAGUCCCAGCACCGGCACGAGCUGGUGGUGGUGGCACGCGACGGGGGGGCGCCCCCCCUCAGCGCCGCUGCCUUCCUCUCGGUGCGCGUCGUCGACGUCAAUGAGCACCCCCCCCUCAUCAGCACCAUCCUCUUCGGCCGCCAUGGUGAUGAUGCUGGUGGUGGAGGAGCAGAGGAGGGUGAUGGAGAUGAUGGUUCGUCUCCACGGGUCCUCGUCGGGGUCGUGAGCGAGGACGCACCCCUGGGCCUCAUUGUCGCCCGUGUCUCCGUUCACGACGCCGACCUCCCCGACCCCACUGCCCUCCCCGGCCCCCCCUCUUCUCCCGACCUCGUCGCCUGGCCCGGACCCCCACGGAACGAUGGUUACGACAAUGACCAUGAGGGAGGGAAGGAGGAAGAGGAGGAGGAUGAAGAGAGUGACGAGGGCAGCCGAGGGAACGGAGGAGACGCUCAGCAAGCAUCACGCGACGACCCCCAAGAUGGCGGCGACGACUCGCAAGAUGGCGUCUGGGAUCCAAGCGGAGGAAAUGGCGGCGCCGGAGGUGGACGCCCAAGGCUACCCACGACGCUCACGCUCUCAGGGGGCGAAGGCGUCUUCGAGCUCCUUCCCUCGGCCAGCGCCAUCACCGCUUCCUCCUCCUCCAUCCCCGACGCCGGCACCGCUCCAUCGCCCGCCCCGCACAGCGGCACUGGCGCGGCGGGGGGCACCAGCGGCUCGGGGGGCGUCUACCUCCUGCGUGUGAGCGGCUCCCUGGACCGCGAGGCGCGCGGGCGCUACCGCUUGACACUGCGCGCGCGCGACGGCGCGUGGCCCCCGCUCGAGUCGACGGUCGUGCUGGACGUCCUGGUGGACGACGUCAACGACAACGAUCCUGUCUUUGUCCUUUCGUCGUCGUCCUCGGACGCCGUGGCCGACGUGCCCGAGAACGCUGCCCUGGGGACGUGGGUGGCGCGGGUGUCAGCGUCGGACACGGACGCCGGAGAGAACGGGCGCGUGCGUUAUGCCGUCGUAGCAGCGCAAGCGGCUGGAGGUGACGACGGCACUACCGCCGACAGAGACGGUCGAGCGUGGGAGUGUGCACACACAUCGACCUCUUUAUCAUCAUCUACAUCUUCAUCAUUGUCCGACGUGGGGGGCUGGUUCUCGGUGGACCCUGCUACGGGCGUGCUGAGCGUGGCCGGGGCCCUGGACCACGAGCGUGCUCCCCGCGGGGUGCUCGUUACCCUCGCAGCGAGCGAUGGGGGCGCCCAGCCCCGCGUCGCCAAAGCGACCCUGCUCAUCAGCAUCGCCGACAGCAACGAGUGCCGCCCCGAGUUCCGUUUCCCCGGCGACCGGGAGUUGAACCUGAGCGUGGCGAGGUCAGAGGUCAUGGUUGGAAAGUGCCUCGGCAAGGUGGUGGCACUGGAUGGUGACGGCGGUGAAUUCGGAGAAGUCCGCUACUCGCUGGAGCCAGCUGCCGUCUCGGCCGUUGUCCCCCGUGUCCCCUCAUUGGAUGCCGCCGCCGCGUCCCCCUGGCUCUCCGUGGGGACUCGGAGCGGAGCGCUGUGCGUGAGCCGCUCGCUCGGAGCCGACGUCUCGACGGAGACGUUCACUGUCCGCGCCACCGACAAGGGAGGCCUCUUCUCGGAGACUCGCGUCCGCGUAUCUCUGCUGGGGGACGCGGCGGGGCCCUCCCGACCCCGCGGCGGGUCCCCCUCACCCGAGGCUCCCCCUCGCCGCGGCUCCCCAGGAUCCCCGGGUUCCCAGGGCGCCCCGGGAUCCCCGGAUCCGGGGCCCCGCGUCACCUUCGCGAGGCCGCGUCUCUCGUUCUCGGUGCGCGAGGACGCGCCCGUGGGGACGCCCAUCGGCACUGUCACCGGCACCGGUGCCCACGCAGGCGUGAUGUACUGGGGCGCUGGUCCAUUCCUCUCCGUGCAUCCGACCUCGGGCCUGCUCGUCACAGCCGCCCCCCUCGACCGGGAGUCGAACCCGCACAUCUCCGCUCGCGUGCGUGCCUCCUUCCUUGGUCCCCGACCCCGAUCCCGACCCCGACCUGGGUCGGCUCGGCCUGCUGGUGACGAGGGCGAUAACGAGGAUAACGAUAAUAACGAGGAGGAGGCGGUGGCGAGCGUAAGCGUCACAGUUCUCGACGUCAAUGACAACGCCCCGCGCUUCCCGAGUGACCACGUGGACGUGCGGCUCGAGUCGCCCACUUUUGAUGUUCGAGCGGCGAGGAGUGGUGGCGGCGGCGGUGGCGGUGGUUCAGCGGUGACGGCGGUGGUGGUGUUGGUGGCGGUGGCACACGAUGAGGACGCGGGGAAGCACGGCUCCGUGUGGUACUCGCUGCGCGGUGCUGACGGUCGCUUCCUGGUGGAGCCGCGGUCCGGGGUCAUCACCGUCGCCCCAUCCGCCCUGGCUCCUGGGGCACGAUUCGCAUUCGAGGUUGUGGCUCAGGACAGGGGCUCCCCUGCGCUGUCGUCCUCGCUGCACGUCACCGUCUCCGUGGAACCGACGCCGCCGGGGUCGGCUCCCAUCCUCCCCUCGCUCUUCUUCCCGACUCCCGAGAUCCGCGCCUCAGUGCCGGAAGGCGCCACGCCCGGAACGCACGUGGUGACGCUCCGCGCGUUCACGCCUUUCUCACCGGCGCCCGCGACCGCGUCCGGAACCCAGACCACAACCGGGACUGGAAUCGAGAUUGGAACAGCGGGCGGAAUUGGAUCGGAUGUCGCGACCGGAUCUGUAUCCGGAUCUAAAACAGGAACCGGAUUUGAAUCCGGGAGUAGAAGCGGAGCAGGUUUGCGGUUGGGAGUGGAAGCUCGCAGCUCAGGCGGCAACGGCACGACGCACGAGCAGUGGGGGGUGCACUAUAGCCUCGCCCCCGACGAUGCUGCUACCCCUUCCUCAUCAUCGUCAUCAUCGUCGUGGUCCUGCUUCCGGGUGGAUGCUCGCACUGGGCGCGUGACGACGCGGUGCAGGCUGGACCGCGAGCAGUCUCCCACGCUCACCCUCACGUUGGUGGCACGGCUCGUCCCACUCAUCCCCUCUUCCCCGACGGUGUGGCCGCUCCUCUCCUCCUCUCCGCAUCGCCACCGGCGGCGCCACCGCGCCGGCGCGGAACCGGACAUCAUGGCGACCGCCCGCAUACUGGUGUCCAUUACGGAUGACAAUAACCACUCGCCUGUACCCGCAAGGGACGACUACUUCUUUACUGUCCUCGAGAACGACUCAGGAGGUGACAGCGCUGCUGGCGGGGAGCCGGGCUCCCUGGUGGGCAUGGUGAGCGCCAGCGACUCCGACUCCGGUCUCGGCGGCUGGGUCUCCUUCGCCGUCGAGCAUGUCGAGUCCCCCGCAGCCUGUGGGCCGUCGCCAACCGGGGCCCACGUCUCCUUCCACGUCCACCCGACACGCGGAGAGGUGCGUGCCAUAGGUUUGCUGGAUCGCGAGGCGUGCCCGUGGCACCGCGUGACGCUGCGGGUCUCCGACGCCGGCGCUCCGCCACGCUCCGCCCUGUGCCGCGUCCACGUCGCCGUCGCCGACGCCAACGACAACGCCCCCCGCUUUCUUCGUUCGCAAUACCACGCGCAGGUGGAGACGGAAGUUCCCGUGGGCACCUUGGUGGCCACCCUAAUGGCUGAGGACCCUGACGAAGGACCCAAUGGCACAGUCGUCUACUCGCUGCCCGCCGGCGGUUUGGGGCUGCUGCUGGUGGAGCGCGACACGGGCAGGGUGCGCACGGCGCGCGCGCUCACGCGGAGCGACCCACGCAGCGCGACACUGGCGGUACGCGCCGGGGACUUGGGCAACCCCCCGCGGCACAGCGGAACGGUCCUGCACCUCACGAUCCUAGCGGUGGGCGCCAUCCCCAGGGCCAUUGGCGAUGAAGAUGAUGACAUCGACGGCAGUGACGAUGAUAAUGUUGAGGAGGAUGUUCCCUCAUCCGUGAUACGCCUUACCGUUCCCCCUGGCUCCCGCCCGGGCGCCAUCAUCGGCCGAGUGCCGCCCCCCUCGCCCAGCACCGUGGCCACCACCGUGUUCCGCAUCAUCAGUCCUCGACAACGGCUUCACGGCGACGAUGAGGAAGAAGAGGAGGGCGAGGAGGUGGAGGAUGACUCCCCGUUCUACGUGGAUGCCACCUCGGGCUCCGUGUUCCUGCGGAAUCCUGUCGCCCCCGACGAUGUUGGGUCGGCUUCGCUCCCCUUCGCGCUUGAUGUGGAAACCGUGACGAUGGGAGACGGUCGCCACGGGGACCCCGUGGUGCGACGAGUCCUUGUGCUCCUCACCGUCAGUCCCAGCGCCGGUGAGCGCCGUUCACCAUCAUCAUCAUCGCCUCCAUCCCUACCCCCUCGUUUCCGAAGCACCGGCCCGGUGGGCUGGGUUUGGGAAGACGCCGCUCCGGGGACGCCCGUUCUAAUUGCUGGACCCCCACUCAGCCGUGGCCUACGCUACAGCCUCGCCUACCAGGCCCCGGCGGCCGCCUCUCUUACCGACCUCGGGUACCGGCGGCAGCGCCGGGGUUUGUCUGGCUCUGGGAUGCAAACGUUUGUCCGUAACGAAACGGGAGAGCGAAGCAAAGAGGAGAUGGGACUGGGAAUCUUGCGGAAUUUGACCACCGGAGGCCGUGUAACCGCCAUCCGACCCAUCAGGCAACGGCGUAGCUCUGGCCCAGUUUGGACACCAGCCGGUGGCAGUGGGAGUUCUGGCGGUGGGGGUGCUGGCACGGGCCCGUUCACAGUGGACGCCACCACGGGUGUGGUGCGCACGGCAGCUCCACUGGACCGCGAGGUGGCCGAGCGGUACCUGUUGGUCAUCACUGUCGUCCCGGACGGGGGCGUUGAGGCCAUGGGGACGCCGGUCGCCGUGGCCAACGUGUACGUUGGAGACGUCAACGAUGUCGCGCCUGUCUUCGUGUGGCCACCUCCUCAGGAGCCGCCCAGUCACGUGAUCGUGUGGGAGGGAGAGCGGCCGGGUCGUGACCUCGUGACACUCAGAGGUCGUGACCCCGAUGGGGGCAUGGGCGGCCGUCUCCGGUUUUCCAUCGCCGAGGGCAACGAGGUCGGAACUUUCUUCCUGCACCCAGAAACCGGUGUCUUGAGUCUGGCUCGCACCCCGGACCGCGAGACCCACGCCUCCUACCUCCUCCGUCUGACCAUUUCUGACUGUGAGGAUGGUCUCCACGGUGAUGGUAGUUCCCGCGGCGACAGUUCCCAGGGUGACAGUCAGAGGAGGCUGGAGACGAGUACGACCCUCACCGUCACGGUGAUGGAUGUGAACGACCAGGCCCCGCGGUUUCUGCCCCAGCAGGAGCGGGCCCUCGGAGACUCACGAGGGUCCCAUCGCUCUGUGGAUGAUGGCGAUGUUGGCGAUGGUGAUGGAGCGAUGGUGACAUACGAGUGCGCCGUGGAGGAGAAUGCGCCCGCCGGGACCACGUGUGUACACGUGACAGCAGUGGACGGCGAUGAAGGUGCCGGGGGAGAGGUGGUGUACACGUUGCUCAGCGGACUCGUGGAUUUCAGCGUCAACGAGCGCACGGGACUCGUGUCCACACGGAGACCACUCGACCGCGAGAGCCAGCACGAGUACACGCUCACGGUCCGCGCCAGCGACCGGGGGACGCCCCCGUGCUGGUCCCUCGCCUCCGUCGUCGUCCGUGUCCUCGACCGUAACGACAACGCGCCGCUCUUUGCCGCGCCGCCCCACCUCGUCGCGCAGGCUCACGGCCAGCGCCACCUUGACGAUGUCAACGAUGAUGAUGCAGCUGCUGAGCAUGGUGAAGAAGAGAAGGAUUAUGUUGGUGGUGAUGAGGCAGGGUGGCGGGCGCGCGUGAGCGAAGACAGCCCUAUGGGGACCCCUGUGAUCACGAUGGUGGCGACCGACGCAGAUGCCGGAGAGAACGGGAUGGUGCGGUACCAUCUAGCGGACGGAUCCGGGUCCUCGCACUUCCACAUCGACCCUGUCACGGGGUCGCUCACCACGGCCGCCCCCCUCGACCGCGAGGCCCAGCCACGCUACCGCCUCGUGGUGGAGGCCGUCGACUGCGGCCCCGGGCCACCACCCCAAUUUCCUGCCGGCGGUGGUGGCGCCAGCAGCAGCAGCCGCCUCCCAAAUGAUGGCUGCGCUGGACUGCGCUCCACAAGCAUCGUGUUCGUCUCCGUCCUCGACGUCAACGAUAACUCGCCAGUGUUCGUGUUUGACGACGCCGCCCCCUCUCCACCGGGGUCACCGGGACCGGAGUCGGUGGAGCGGCAGCGGACUGAGGGACCCGAGUACCGCGCCAUUGUGCCUGAGGGCCUCGUCGCCGGCUCACCGGUGCUGUGGGUCUCGGCCGCCGACGCAGACUCGGGGAUACGAGGCCGGGUCCGGUACCGACUCGUGGGAGGCACGAGUGGCAUCGCCGGGGUCACCAUGCCCCCCUUCGCUAUCGACCCCGAGUCGGGAAUCGUGUUCGUGGCCGUGCCGCGGCUCCGCGCACCGCCGGAGAGGAGUGGCAGUGAUGUCGGAGCGCCAGACGGUUCCGUUUCCUCCACCGACGUCCCUGAGCCUCACUACCGGCUGUGGGUGGAAGCGGUGGAUGGGGGGCGCCCCCCCCACUCCUCCCGCGUUUCCGCCCUUGUGGCGCUAGUGCCGGGGAGCGGCCGCGCCCCCGAGUUCCGGCACGGGCCGCUGGUGCCCACCGUGCCCGCAGGCCGCGCGGCCGUCAAUGCCCUGGUGGCCACGGUGGUGGCGCGGGACGAGGACAGCGGCGCCGGCGGAGCGCUGGCAUACCGCCUGGAAGCCGGGGACCCCCACAAAUUUUUCCGCAUCGACGCCAACACAGGAGAGCUGCUUGUGCGCCGCCCCCUCCAGGGUUUCGUCGGAGCGGAUCUGGCGGUGGCCGCGUGGGACCACGGCUCGCCGCCUCGCGCCGCGCGCACCGUCGUGUCCGUGCGCGUGGGCCCAGGCCCCCGCUCUGGGGGGCGCGCUCCCCUGGGGCCCCCCCUGCUCUCGUUCGUCCCCACGGCGUACGAGGCCACGCUGCCCGAGCACUCGCCCAGAGACACGCUGGUGUGCGUGGUGGAGGCCGCGUGGUCGGACGCGACCACGCGCUUGCUCACGUUCUCCAUCCUCUACGGCAACGACGAUGGCGCCUUCUCCCUCAACGCCAACACCGGACGCCUGACCGUGCGGGACCCCGCGGCCCUCGACUUCGAGUCAAUGCCUCGUCGAGUCGUCAUCAUCACCGCCCGCGUCGUCCUCCCCAACGCCACCACUGCGGGCAUCGCCGGUGAUGCAGCCGCAGCUACAGAGGGCAAGGAGGGCGACAAGAUGGCCGCUGUCGCUAUUGCCGCAGUGACGGUGACGCUGCGCGACGUCAACGACAACGCUCCACGCUUCCCAUGGCAACGCCUGGCGACGACGGUGCGGGAGAAUGAGCCUGCGGGGACCGUCGUGACGCAGCUGGUGGCGUGGGAUGUGGACGGAGGUGCGGGGGGGCAGCUGGAGUUCGCGCUCGCCCCAGGGUCCCUGAGCUCUGGUUUCCGGCUCGACUCCCUUACCGGGAUCAUCACCACAACUGCCUCCCUCGAUCGCGAGGCCGCGCCCGUCCACCAGCUGGAGGUGUGGGCCGUGGACCGUGGGAGACCGCGCCUCACCGGCUCCACCGUGGUGCGUGUCACUGUGGAGGACGUCAAUGACAACGCCCCCGUCAUCGCCGCCAGCCAGCACCUCGUCGUGUCUGAGAGUGUUCCAGUCGGCACUGAGAUCGGCCACGUCUUGGCAUCGGACCCCGACCUUUACCCUCGCCUCGAGUUCUCCGUCGUGGAGCGCACGAGCGGCUCCUCUUCCGUCAACGACGACACGGACGACGUCAACGACGCCACCGCCGUGGCUGCCUCCCUGUUCACGGUGGAGCGCCUGGGCGGGCGCGUGACGCUCGCGCGCCCCCUUGACUUCGAGCAGCGGCGUGAGCUGGCGCUGCGAGUGCGCGUGUCUGACGGUGCCCACCGCUCCGAGGCCACCAUCCUCAUCACGGUCGCCGACGACAACGACAACGCGCCCAGCUUCCUGCGGCCGCUCUACGAGGUGAGCGUGGAUGAGCGCACGCCUCCGCUUAUUAGCCUCAUCACGGUUGCUGCGAGUGACCGUGACGCAGGAGCCAAUGGGAGGCUCUCGUACCAGCUCAUACCAGGCAGCAGCGACGGUGACAGCAGCAGAGGAGGAUUCGGGAUUCACGCAAUGAAUGGCUCGGUGUUCCUGACAAGGCCCCUCCGCAUGGGGGGCGGCCCCCGCUGCUCACACUACGUGGUUGAGGCUCGCGACGCCGGCUCCCCACCGCGGUCGGCGUCGGCCGCCCUUCUCGCCUGCGCGCGCGACGUGAACGCCCACGCGCCCGUCUUCUCGCGCGCCGCCUACACCGCCUCCCUGCCCGCGGUGCCGGGGCCCGGCGUCCCUGUGCUCACCGUGACAGCCACGGACGCCGACGGGAGCCCCGGCAACGGCCGCGUGGACUUCGCUCUGGAAGCCGGCGACCCCGAUGGCCUCUUCCGGCUGGAGCCCGUCGCGUGCGAGACGUACGUCGUGGACGCGGCGACCGGCGCCGUGGCGCACCGCGGCACUGCGCGGCUCGUGCUGCUGGAUGCGCCGGUGCUGUCAGGGGAGACGGAGGAGAAGGCGGUGGCAUCGCCGGAGAGGAGCUUCGAGCUCGUGGUGUCGGCGACGGACCGCGGGGACCCCCCGCUGAGCAGCACGGCCACUGUGGUGGUGACGGUGAUGGGGUUGGAAGAGGGGCAGCAGCAGCCGGUGUCAAGUUUGGAAUUCGCGGUGCCCGAGUACCGUGUAAGUCUGCCCGCCAGCGCCGUUGCCGGCGCUGAGGUCACUCAAGUUCUGGCCAAAUUCCAGCGCGACGACAGCUACGGCGACGACAGUUAUAGCAGGGGCGGCUUCAACGACAAAGGCGCAGCAGUCAUCGGUUACCAGAUCGUUGCCGGGGACCGGGACAAUCUCUUCACCGUCGAUCCCCGGACCGGUGCCAUCACCUUGCGCGCGCCACGGCUCAAUCGACCGCCGGGGUCGGAGGUCACGCUGGUGGUUGAAGCGGCGGCAGCACCAGGUGCUGUGACCACACCGAGCCGGGCCCUUGUACCGGUGCACGUGCGGGUUUCUGGCAGCAAAGACGGAGCCGACGAGAGAGACCUGGCGGCGUUCUUCUCCUCGGUGGAGCUGCUCAACGCCAGUGUGUCGGAGAAUGAGCCAGCCGGCACCCGCAUCCUCAACUUUCCCCGAUUUGGCAUUCUUUCCUUCCUCUACUCCGAGUCUCAUGCGGGCAGCCCCAGAGGUAAUGGCGGCAAAUCUACGGGAUCCGGUUUGGCCGGACGAGAUCGAGAUACCCACGCGGUGUCAACAGCGCCACCGCGGCCACUGCCGCGACCGUCGUCAUCGACGUUUGCGUCGUCAUUUUGUGAAGGCGCCGGUAAUUUUGUGGUGGAGCCGCACACGGGCACCGUUCGGACAUCCCGGCCCCUCGACUACGAGGAGUGCCCGCGCUACCGCUUGUGCCUCACCGUAGCCCCGGUGCCGGCGGGUACCGCCGCGGGGGCUGACGGUACCACUACUGGCAUCUCACGCGGCGCCUUGGUUGGUGGCAGUGGUGGUGUGGGGAGUCUCGUCUCUGGUGCCGCGACCCCCCCGCGUGCCGUUGCGGCGGGUGGGGUCAUGGCGCCGGCACGCAGCUGGCCCGUGUGCGUGCAUGUGCUGGUGCAAGGUGCCGACGAGUUUGCGCCGCACUUCGAGGGAGCGCCGUACCGCUUUGCGGUGCCGCGGGGCGCAGCGGCGGGCGACACGGUGGGGCGGGUGAGCGCCAGCGAUCGCGAUGCGGGCCCCGACAGCACGGUGCGAUACCGCCUCGCCCAGCGAUCACCGUACUUCACCGUCAAUCGCUACAAUGGUGACAUCAUGCUCAAGGUGGAGCCUCGGACCCAGCUCUCCUCGUCAUCCUUGUCUACCUCGUCUUCCUCAGCUGCCAUAUCAUCAGCAUUGAGAUCCUCAUCAUCGUCGUCGUUACCAUCAUCAGCCGCUCAGCCAGCGGCUCUGAAAUUAAAAUCUUCGGAUGCCGCAUUGCCGAAAGUGUCGCUUUCACAACGGCCGUCCACUUCCGCCGAACGGGUCUCAUCAGCCUCUUCAUCAUCUUCGUCGUCAUCACUGAGCGAUCCGCACGGGGACGAGACCGCGCCCCCACCACGCUGGCUCACGCUGCACGUUGAGGCGCGGGGACCGCUUCGCGGGUCCCUCUCGGCCUCGACCGCGGUGCUCGUCGACGUUCGUCAUACGGCAUUCGCUCUGGUGCUGCACGGCGGCGGCGGCGGCGGCGGCGGCGAUGCCGACGGCGGCACGCACCCGCCCCCCGGCGCCACCCUGACGCUGGCGCUCGCAGCCUCCGCCGCGCUGGCCGCGCUGCUGCUGCUCGUGCUCGUCACGGCUGCCCUCGUCUGCUGCUCGCGGCGCAGGAGGCGGCGCCGGCGGCAGGGGGGGGCGGCCGUCGGGCAAGACGGGCCCGGCGCCGAGAAGAACCUGAAGAGUACGGGCGGUGGGAGAGACGGAGGCGGAGGAGGGCCAGACGAGGGGAUGAGGCUAAAGCCGACGCGGUUGGACGGGGAGGGGGGCGAGCGGUGCUCCGAUCUCCCGGCCAUCGCCAGAGAUGCUGAGAAGUUCCUGCCGGAAGAGAAGAUCCUCGCGUGCAGACGUGGGGAUGGUGGCGGUGACAGCGACAGUGACACGGCUAGAGACCGGGCGCGCCGUCCGUGCGUCUACUCGAUCACAGCGCCGUACCCGGACGAGGAGCCGCCCGGUUACUCCCCCGGCACCCGCGGGCCACGCGAGGCCCUCGCCGGCUCCGCUCCCACCCACUCCCCGUCCAGCGCGACCGCCGCCGCCGUCACCGCUGCCGUGACAUCCUGCUGCUGCUGUCGGCACGGAGGCUCCGACACGGGUGGGGGAGGUGGGGGCGGCUGCCCCGAUUCUCGUGCCGGUUCUGGCUCCGGUUCAUGUUCCUGCUCCGGAUCCGGCUCGGCCUCGGGCCGAGGCUCAACCGAAACCGACUUCGGCGUGGACGCAGAGAUCCGCAUGAUCAACGAGAUCCUGCGUGCCUCCGGCUUCUCCGGGAAAUCUGGUGGCCCCGACAGCUCCGGCAGCUGCUGCUGCGGUGCUGGCACCGGCGUCGGCGGCGUCAGCGGCGUCGGUGGCGGUGGCUGCUGCCUCGCUCCCACCGGGUGCUGCGUCUCCGACUGCUGCCGCUGCCGAGGUGAAGCAGACGGUGACGUCGAUCGUCCGGACGCCUCCCAGCAGCACCGCCACCACCACCACCAUCACCACGGUGGUGGUGGUGGCAGCGGAAGCAAUGCCGGUGGUCACCACCACCAUGGGCACCACCACCACCAUCAUCAGCAGCAGCAGCACGCGUGUCGGCGCCUACCGGACUCAGGCAUCCUGCAGGACGAGGAUCAGCUGUCGGACGUCUCCCGCACGUCGCGUGCCUCCCGCGACGGGAAAUCCGUGACAUCUGUCACCGUGGAGGCCACGGCGUCAGACGCCGACACGGAGCCACGGACCCUGUCAGCGUCCACGCUGACCCGAACGUCGCUGGCAGCGACCACCGCGGGAGGCUCCCACGCGCUGGGCGGAGAGGGCAGCGGCCCCGGCUUGGCGCUCGCGACCGAUGGCGCUCGCCGCUUUAGCUCCUACUCGUCGGCGUCCACGCUGGCGGACGAGGCCGGUGGCACCGCCCCCCUCUCCCCCUCUUCCUCCUCCUCCUCGGCCACAGCGGCAGCAACGGCGGGAUCGCCCCCGUCCACCGCCUCCUCGCUCCGGUCGGCCUUCACCUCCGCGGCGCUCACGCCCGUGCGCAAAUCCUCAGCCUUCUCCGAGAUCGGGCGCCAGCCCCACCGGACGGCGGCCGGGGUGAACGAUAGCGUCGAGGAUGAUGCUCAGCAGCAGCAGCAGCAGCUGCACCUCCAGGGUGGGAAGCUCGGGCAGCUGCUGGACUUCGGCCCCCGGUUUGGCGCCAUGGCGAGCGUUUUUGCCGAGAUCGGGCGACUCCGCGACGAGAACGACCGCUCGUCCGAGGCACCGGCGGCUUUCGCCGUCGGCGGUGCUGGCGGCGUUGGUGUGGCUCGCCGGGCGGUCGCCGGGAUGCCGAGCGAGCGGAUAAGCCGCGAUUGCGCCAAAAUCCUGCCGCCCCCGCUCAUCACAAGCGUGGCGGCAGCCAGUGCCCGCUCGGUGCCACCAGCGCGCCCGCUGCCGUACCCAUACGCCCGCACGGCGCUACUGCCCAUGCCACCUCUAGUCACACCACCCGCGCUUGCCGGUGCGGCCGAUGAGGACGAGAACUCGUAUGGUGGCGGUGGCAGCGGUGGCGGCCCUUACCCCGUGGCGACACUGCUGCCGUCAUCAGUUCCGUCGGGCGCCAUGUCGCCGCUGCUUUCGCCAAGCCUCUCGCCGCUGGCGCCGCCCACGGGGGCGCCGGGAUCCGCGGCACUCGCUGGGGUCGUGCCCCCCUACCUCCUGCCGUGCUCGGCCGUCACGCCGCUCAUGAUCGUGACCGGUGGCACUGGCAGUGGCGCCAGCGGUAGGGGGGCAGUCUCGACUCGAGGCUCUCUCGAUGACGAUGAUGAAGAUGACGGAAUGGAAAUUCGAAUUUGAGUGAUGGUGCAAAGAGGAGCAGAUGACGAUGGACGGGAGGAGGUGGCGUAGGAACUGGGGCAUCGAGGCAAAACGGACACUGAGACGAGGAGAGACUCCACCAUUGAGCUGAGCCUCGUCGUCACCAGCGGCUGAGUUUGCCGGUUGAUGCUGGGCAGAUUUGACGCCUCCACGCAGUGCGGGCGGGAGUCAAGACGGGGAGCACCUGGGUUGUUUUUUCUGUUGAAAUAGAUAGGAACAGGCGAUAUCAGCUGUGAACUAUUGCGUGUGACAUCGACAAGAAGUAGCCUGACCCUGGCUAGGUCAGGUGGGCAAAGCGAUAGUUGAUGGUGGAGAGGAGGGACGGAAGAGGGCAGGUAAGGAGAUUACGGAGAGGCUGUUAGAUGGAGAUAAGUAGAUGGAGCACAGGGAGGAGCUUGUGAUUCAGAAGGAGGAGAUGCAUUCUGGAGUGUAUAUCACGAGAGAGCCUAAGAUAUCAAGAGAACGAGUGUGAGAUACAGAGAUAAUGACACAGACAGAUUAUCUGCAAUGUGUGUACAAUUAAAUAUCUUGUUUUUUGUUCCUAUAUCGAUGAAUUCGCAAAUAAUUCCACUCGGCUAAGCCUCUGUUGCAACUCUGAGCCCGAGGAAAUAAAAACACGGAGAGAGAGAGAGUGACACAGACACAGAACACAAGGCAGAGAUCACCACCGCAUGAGCCCGUACACUGUCACAGCAAAGAGGGCUCCUGUGUUUCUGUCAACCUGAGCGCUGGCACUGAACCAAAUGUGUACAGUUUCACAAAUUUGGGAACAUCGCCAUCACAAUCUUCCCAAUAAUGCUCAGGGCCUGUCAAUUUGAAGGUAGCCCACUCUAGCUUUAGAAAACACUGCAUAUUUAUGGAACGAGUCAAUCAUUUGACACGAACAA